CCUAUUUUAUUUCAAUGCUUACUUUCAACAUCAACUGGUUAUGAAUUGCCCACACAUGUGUCCAUAGUGCAAGAAAAAUGCAGGAAACCUGAACAUUUGCUGGAACUCCAAAUUGUCAAUACUGAAUAUGACAAACGUCGGAGCACACAUAGAAUGUUCACUGUUUGUUUAACGCCAUUAAAUUUUCGAUAUAAUCGUUAUUAUGAAAUCAUAGAAUGGAUAGAAUUGAAUAGAAUUCUCGGCGCAGAACAAUUUAUUGUUUACAAUUACUCUUCCGGAAGUAACGUUCAAAAUGUUCUAGAAUAUUACUCCAAACGAGGAAUUGUUAAAGUAGUGCCAUGGAAUUUACCGGUUAAAGUUGAUACAUUGCGAAGGUCUAGUAAUAAACCAGAAAUUCAUUAUUUUGGUCAAGUUGCCGCUUUACAUGAUUGUUUGUACAGAAAUAAGGGCAUCUCGGAAUUUAUUGUAAACCUCGAUCUAGAUGAAUUCAUAAUACCACAUGAUAAUAAAUCACAGUCAUGGUCAGACAUUAUUCAACAAGUUAAACAAAACUUUAACGCAUAUUUAUUCAGAAACACGUUCUUUAAAAAAGAGUGGGACAAUUCAGGUAUUGAUAUACAAAACAAAUCAUUUGUGGACAAACUUCAAUUAGUAACUCUCCAGAAGUUACAACAUGAACGGAAGCUAUUUGCGCCAAGAAGCCGCUCAAAAUAUAUAGCAAAAACUGCAAAUGUUUCACAUUUAAUGAUACACGAAGUGCCAGGUGUGUACACGAAGGUCGUGCCACCAGAAGUAGCUUUUCUUCAUCAUUAUAGAGACUGGGGAACUACAAAUGACACCCCGCGCAACAAGGUGCUAGACAAUACCGUACCAAAUAAAUUUGGCAGUACUCUAGUGAAAAAUGUGCUUAAAGUUCGGAAUGACAUUGAAAACAUGCCCUAAAAUGUUUGCUUUUGUUGUUCAUUAUUCAAGUUUUAGUUAAGCGAUUUAAUUUUUUCUUUCCAUAUUUUGCCAUAUUAUUAGCACUCACUGCGUUUAUAGAAAGAUAAAAAACAAAUGAUGAUGUAAUAGUAAAUGAUAGUAAAUAGUAAUGAUGAUAUAUUGAUUAUAUAUUUUCGCCACAGAUAAUAAAUUUUUUCAUGUUAUUAUAUAGUUCUUUGUUUACGAAGGGUCAUGAAAGCCUUCCUCUGAUUAUAUUCUUUCAUUUCUUCAUCUCUUGAUGAUUUCAGAAACUAUUUCUACUUCUCAACUUGCAGAAUAAACAAAAACAGAGUUAAAAGCUUUCUGAAAUGAAGAAUGAACAUAAUAAACAUAUCAAAGGGUCUUGACACAUUAUUUCAGCAACUCACUCUUCAGGUUAGAUAGUAAUCAUAAUUAACAUUUUCAGAAUCCUUUUGGGAUUCUGAAAUAAAAUAAGUAUUUCUAGAAACAUUUUCCAUGGCCUCAAACAUCAUUUUAAACUUCCAGAAACUCUUCUUACUUGACAUAUAAAGGAAAUUAUAGUUUCCAUAACUCAAAAUUCUUAAAUUAAAAACACAGUGCUUUACUUAUUUCAGAAACUCUUACGCCUUUCGGAGGACCUCCCCAUUUUAAGAUAAUUUUUGACAAUUUUUUGUUUGUUUGAGACUUGAGUACUUCACUGUUGUUAUAUUUUUCUGGUUCUUCGAAAUCAUUGACUCCAGCACUUUAAGUAUUGAAAAUUGAGUACCGUUCAAGCCGGUGCUAGCGGGCGUGAGGAAUGUUGCACUUUUUCAUUAUCCCACAUGUACAGACUCAAUUAAACCGAGUCGUAACUUUGCUGUUUUUAAUUCUUCCGAUUGAUCUCUUUUCGAAGAUAUUG